UGUGGAAUGUCUACAAAGCCCAUAAAUCAUAGACCGAAAGACCAACAACCAACAAACCCCAUCGUCCGAGCCGGAGACCGGACGGGCGCAGUAACCACAACAUUGCCUGAGUCUAGACCCAAAGGGUCUCCGUGCCUGAUGAUAGGGGAUGUGAGGUAGGAAUAUCUCGUGUUACAUGUCGAUAAAUGCAGCUCAAUCGGGCGAUUGUCAAGGGUUUGAUAUGCAGCCUCGCCGUCGUUGAUCCGAAAGUGAAGUGAAACCUAUAAGGAUGGUUGUGUCCGUGCCGCCGUCACGAUGUUCAGACGAGCGUGGCUUUGCCCCCGUCCUCUCUCCAGUCGUUCAUUUUAAGUCGUUCGUUCUCAAUGUAAACGGUCACCUUCCCAAAUAUUCUUCCAAAAUUUUAGAGUUUGCGCCAACUCGAAUCUCAGACACCAAAAACCGCUGUGCGACCUCAACAGCCGCUGGACCAAUUGCCCCGAGCGACCGAACCCGGAAACCGUUAACCACCGCUACACAAACUUACUCUCAAGCCUUUGUAUUCAAACACUGCUGCGUCCUGCGAGAAACCGGGAGAAGAAACAACGAUCACAGAAGCCCGAAAGAGAAGGAAAUACUAUGGAUAUGACGAUAUACACCGGUAGAUUAUAGCCGAGAGACCCUUUUUCUACCACUCUCCCGCUCCGCAGCCACCCAGGCGACCAAGAUGUACGCCAAGGACCGCGAAGCUUCUCCGCAUUUUAGCAGCGGCAGCGGCGGGUCCUGGUCUGGAAGAAGUGCAACGGUGGAGCUUCUUCUCCAACAACAACACCGAACCCGAACCUCGUCGCAUGGAGGAGGAGGAGGAUUAGGAAUGGGUAUAAAGCAGAGGCCCCUGGUCCGACCGAAUCAUAGAUCAUAUUCUUACGGCCAUUCGAGAGGAGGCUUUUUCAGGAACAGGUUAUCGCUUUGGAUAUCAGGGCUCGCUGUGUUAGUGUUGGUGUGGAUCUAUCUGAGAGUCUAUGGCCACGGUUACGGAUAUUCACUGAAGAAUUCACAUUCAGGCGCUGGGCUGGGGACAUCGAGACCCGGGCAGCAAGGGACGAAGAUUUCUUUGGGGGACUUGCCUGCUUUCAUUUUACCGCCGGUGACGACGACAACACUGGUCAGAAUGACGAAACCAACAGCAUCACCAGGGAAAGCAACAGGGAAGGGCAGCGGUGUGAAGGCGACGGCUCCGGCAGUCGAAUUGAAGCAGGGCAUUUACAUCGGGACGACAAACCUCAAAGCGCCAAGAUUCAAGAAAUCGGUGGAGGCAUUCAGGGGCAUCCCCUAUGCUCAGACGACCGGAGGGCAAAACAGAUUCAGGCCACCACAGCCACUAGAGCCAUCGAAGGAAACAUUUCAAGCUACGAGAUACGGAGAGUUCUGUCCGAUCAACGAUGGGGUGGUCUAUAUAGGCCAGGGCGAGAAUUGCCUAAACCUGAAUGUCUACAGGCCUGCUGGACUGAUCAAGGGGAAAGGUGGGAAGGGUCGAGACGGAAACGAGCUAAAGCUGCCAGUAGUGGUGUAUAUCCACGGAGGAGGGUUCAAUGCUGGAAAGGGCAUUGAGAGGAACAUGGCCAGUUUCGUCGCCUGGGCGGAGCACGACAUCGUUGCUGUGAACUUUAACUACAGGGUGGGCGCGCUGGGCUUUCUACCGAGCGAUAUUACUGCUAGGGAAGGGAUUUUGAAUCUCGGGCUGAGAGACCAGCAGGCGCUUUUGGAGUGGGUGCAAGACAACAUCGGUGCCUUUGGUGGUGACAAGGACAAUGUCACCAUCAUGGGACUCAGUGCCGGUGCCCAUUCGAUCGGCCACCACAUCAUGCACUACGCCAACUCCCCCAGACCACCCCCCUUCCACAAAGCCAUCCUCGAAUCCGGCGCCACCACAGCCCGCGCAGUCUUCUAUCCCACCCACCCCCGCCACCUCAUCCAAUUCCGCGAGUUCCUCACCGCCAUCAACGCAGCCCACAUCCCCGAAUCCGAAAUUUUCCCCCACCUCCGCACCCUCCCCCUCAAAACCAUCGUCGCCGGCUCCAAAGCCGUCUGGGACAAGUACGUCGACAGCGUCACUUGGCCCUUCCAACCCGUCAUCGACGGCCCAAACCCCUACUCCAACUCCUCCCACGCGAACCACACCCUCCCAGACAUCAUCCCCGACCUCCCCAUCUCCUCCUGGCAGAACAGCCACCACCUCAAAAUCCCGAUCAUCACUGGGUACAACACAAAUGAAGGCACAAUCUUCAUCCCCCCUGACGCCUCCACCAAUUCUGAAUUCCGCUCCUUUUUCAAGACUUUGAUUCCGACGUUGAAGGAUGCUGAUUUGGAUAAAUUGGAAGAAUUGUACCCCGACCCGGUGACGAACCCGACCUUCAGCCCGUAUGUCUCUGUUCCUAAUGGAAAGGGGGCUCAGUGGAAUAGAUUGGACACGGCAUACUCCCACUACGCUUAUAUAUGCCCCGUUCUGCAAUCAGCGCAUUUCAUGUCCCUUUCUGGGAUUUCCAACGUUUAUGUAUAUCGGUAUGCUGCUACUGGUGUCUUUGGAGCCGCUAACCACGGGGAUGAAGCGCCUGUUGUGGCGCAUGAUAUGGAGUUUUUGGGUUACGGGAAUGAGAGGCCGGGGUUGGUCAGGACGGCGGAUGAGAUGAUUUCUUUUUGGUCGGGGUUUGUGGCUAGUAAGGGGGGGGAUGUUAACGCUGCGAGGGGGAGGAGGGUGCAAUGGCCGAGGUUUGAGAGUCCGGUGAAGAGGGAGGGGUGGUGGAAGGAUUUGGGGAAGGGGAGGGUGAUGGUUUUUGGGGAGGGGAAUAAUGAGCGGGAUAGGAGUGUGCCGCAACAGGAGAGGAAGCAAGGGUAUCCGGUCAAGGUGGAGAGCUUGAUGAAGCUGGAGAGGGAGGCUUGUGAGUUUUGGUGGGGGAGGGUUGGGUUGAGUGAGGGGUUGGGGAGGGGGGAGGAGGGUGGGAGGGCGAAGUUGUAGAUGGGCUGGGUUGGGUGAUGUGGAGGGGUGGAUUGUUGGAUUGUUGGGAAAUGGUUUGGCGUUGGGAGUAUGGGAAUUGGAUUUGGGUAUUUGUGUGAUUGGGGGUUGUCAUGUUGAUGAUGGGAUUAGUCUGGCGAGAUGAAAGGGCUGAUACAGGACCGAUUACAACGAAAAUAUAUUGUCUCUGACUGUUGGUCAUCU